AUUUGUUUUAUCAAUAACUUAUAGAGUAUUUAUAUUUUUGAAAAAUAGAUAUGCAAUCUCUCUUUGUUAAGUGUUAGAAAUGUCAAUCAAGACCCGCCACAAUUAAGUGCAAUUAAUGUAGAUAUGGGUAAACUUUUCGAUUAUGUUACUCAUGUGAUUCCCAAAUUCACAAUCGAUCUGGGCCAAUAGAUUAGUAACAUAAAACUGAGAUUAUACCUUAUUAGGGUAUCAUACCUUAAUUCAAAAUUUAGAAAUGUACUAGAAAAGCUAAGGUUUUGUUCCCGUUCCUCAGAAAAAUGAUCAGAGAAAUUCUUUCAAAAAAAAUGAAAUCAAACCCACAGGCCAGGUCCCAACUAAGGAUUAUUUGAGCAACGAUUCUAAAAAAUAAGAUUACUCUAAAACAUUUGAUGUCAAUCGCGUCAACAAUAAACAUGACUAUCUGGAGAAAAAGAUCGAUAGUAAUGAUAAGAGAGUUGAUUAGUAAUAUAUAUCAGGCGAUAAAAGGCCCUAUUCAUCAAACUAGAAAUUCAAUCAGGAUCAUGAUAGAGGAUCUUAAUCAAUUAUUAAUUAAUUAAAGGAGGAACAACAAUAAACAGAAAGAUUGAGAGCUGAGUUGUAGAUGGCAAAAGAUAAGGAGAAGGAAUUAUAAAGAAAAUUGUAAGAUCUUAAAACAUAUAUUUGUAGAUAAAAAGUUGAGUAAGACUAAGAAUAAAGAUCAAAGGAUGACAAAUUAAAAAUUCAAUAAUUGACAGAUGAAAAUAGAAAUCUUAACAAUAAAAUCAAUUAAGCAAACAAGCAGUUAUAAGAUGAGGUUAAUAAAGUUAAAAAAUAAUAAUAAGAUUAAAUUAAAAAGUUGGAAUAAGCAUUAAAGGAGAAAACAGAAGAGUUAGAAAAUAUUGCUUAAGAUUAUAAUUUAGUAUUUAGACAUAUAAACUCUUUAGGAAGAAAUUCAAUCCAUGAUAGAAUAACUGUAAUAGGAGUCAUAAAUGAAAGAUCAAAUUAUAGAAUAAUUGCAGCAAUAAUUAUAAGACAACUAAGAAGCUUUUCAUGAAUUAUAAGAUAAGUUGGCAAGCAGUUCAAAGCAGAAACAACAGUCAUCAAAUAAGAAGUCAGUCAAGAGUUAAGACAAUGAAAAAGAUGACGUCAUAUAAGAAUUAGGUUAAUAAUUAGAAGCUAAAGAUGAGGAAAUUCGCAAAUUGGAAGGUUAGCAAUUUGUUUAAAAAUAGAUUUAAUUGAAAACUUCAAACAACUCUAUCAACAUAUGAGUGAUGAAAAACAAUAAUUAUAAGAGGAAGUCGAUAAAUUAGCAAAUGAAAACAAUCAAUUCAGGGAAAUCUUUAGUGUAUUUUUUAAUCAUAAUAAUAGCAAAACUUACAUCUAUUUGGAAUUGAUCCCGAGUAAUUAAAUGAAGAAGGAGAGGAAGGAGAAAAUGAAUAUCCUGAAAAAAUUGCAGAAGAGAAUGACGAGUAAAAUGAUUGAUUUUUAUUAAACAAAC